CUAGGUAGGAAGAACGCCAAAGCGUUCCGGACAUAGUUUGCCGCAGUGAUACUCAAAUAGAGUUGAACAAUACAUUAUAAACAUAUUUUUGUAUGAAGCUCAAAGGAGAAACACUUGUCACAUAAUAAAACAGUUAGUGCACUUUGUGUGUGAUAUUUUCGGGUACAUUUAAAUAAUUUAAAUAAUGAAAAAAGAACUGUUAUUGUGCCUAGGAAUUACAAUAGUUUUUCUGACGCAGACAUCUUGGACGUAUAUCGAGCCAGAUGAUGUCAUGAUUGAAUUGAUGUCCGAGGUGAAGAAUAUCUCGCAAUGGUGCGAACUCAUGGGCAUGCCGGACUGUGAACAAGUUAUUGAAGACGCUGUACCGACUGACGAAGAGAAGGAGUUAGUAUCGGGAUACGAAUCACCUCAAGUCGCAUUAUUCGAUGCCUGUAAUCCCCGGGAACAAACUAUAGCCUUACCAAAACAUCCAGAUCCUGACAUCACAGUUUGGCCUCCGUGUACACGUGCUUUAAGAUGCGGGGGAUGUUGCACGAGUGACGUGUUCUCGUGUGAACCAACGGCUAUAUCGGAAAGAUUUGUGAAGGUUUUCGACACACGGUUACCGUAUCCUGGGGCACACAGGUUUAAAUUUCUGGGUGUACGAAUUGUAAAAAUCAUUGAACACAUGCAUUGUGACGCACAGUGUAAAACGAAGGAGCACGAGUGUCAUAGAUUUCAGAAGUAUGACUCGAGACGAUGCCGGUGUCUUUGCCGCUCUGAGAGACUUAAGUUGAUGAAGACUUGUUCAGCUGAUCAAAUAUGGGACGAGAAUGAAUGCGACUGUAUCUGUCCAAAUAGAAAUACACUAAAAUGCCCGGACCCGUCCUAUUUUAAUUCUGUUACUUGCAAAAUUACAUUGAAAAUGGGCGUCUCUGGAGAGAUUGACCUCGACAAACUGUUUGAACUCCACCCAGAUAUUCUCUUGAACACGCCAAAUAAUCAGAUCUACGAGGGCAUUGAUACCAAUGUAAAUGGUAUACCUAUUACACAAGAAAAACCUAUUACAGAAGAAAAACCUAUUACAGAGGAAAAACCUAUUACAGGAGAAAAACCUAUUACAGAAGAAAAACCUAUUACAGAAGAAAAAGAAAAACCUGUUACACAAGAAAAAGACGAUGAUGCAGAUGCUGCAGGUAAGGAAGAACAUGAUGAUAGUGACGAGAAUAAGACAACACGAUCGCCUUCAACGACAACGACGAAGACAACAACAACAACAACAACAACACCAAAACCAACACCAAAACCAACACCAAAGCCAACACCAAAACCAACACCAAAACCGACUCCCAAGAGUAAUCCGUGCGCUUCGAAAAGGUGUUUCGGAAAUUGGAUUCCAAAACUCCUUGACAAUGGAAGGUGCCAAUGUUUUCCUGAUAUCAAAAGAUUUCCGGCAGGCAAAAAAUAAGAAAUUCUUCUAUCAAUUUCUUGUCUAUAUUUUGUAUAUUUAUCAUAUUCAUGUAUAUAUUUUGAUAUGAUUCAGAAGUUGUGUGUGUACAUUUAGCGUUAUGUUAUUCUGUUGAAAGACAAGAAAGACAAUGGAGAUAUUUAUCUUAUAUACAUACAUUUUCAUGAGUUUCUGCACUGAACAUUUUGUGUUUUGUAUUAAAAAGUUGUGCAUAGUUUUCUAUUUGAAAGUAUUAAAACAUAUUUGUGCAAAUAACAGACAAGUUUC